AUGGUUUACGAGUUUACUCUCACUUUACUAUAUGAUGGUCUUAUACAAUUUGGUUCACAAAUAUUAUUUUUUGCUGUUGGCUGGAUAUUUUUAGUAAAGAAAUUAUUCAAAGAUUAUGAGUCCUCUACUGAUCGUCGCGACGCCCAAGUCGUCCAGGCAAUAUUCUCACUUACGUUUAGUACUAGUUGCGCUCUAUUUGAAUUGAUAAUAUUUGAGAUUGGAGAGAUAAUGCAUAAAGAAGUUGGUGAUUUUUUUCCAAUCGAAAAAACUGCUAGCACAACUGAAAAAAAUGACUCUUCAUCAAGUUUUACCGAUACAAAAGUUCCUCAAGGUGAUGUUUUUAUACAAUUCGGUAUGAGUCGUGUAGGUGUAAUAGGUGUAACUAUGAUGGCUAUAUUAUCGGGAUUCGGUGCAGUGAAUAGUCCAUAUGCCACACUAUUUUUCUUUUUGAGACAAGUCACUGACGCGGAUAUACAAGCUGCCGAAAAGAAAUAUCUUCAGACAUUAGAUAUAGUUAUAAGUAAAAAAAGGCGCAUUUUAAUCUCUCAAGCGCGUCAAAGAAGUGCUGUAGAGCAAGGUUCUCGAGUUGGUGGGUUUAUGCGAAAAAUGAUUAAUACAAUGACCAACCAUAUGGGAAUAGGUGGUGAAAAUAUUGGAAUGCUGCGUCAAGAAGUUGUUGGGUUAGAAAAUCUUAGAAAAACCGAUCCGAUAACUUAUGGCCUGACAUUAGCGAUCAGAUAUAUAAAAAUUGAUUUAAAUGUCGAUUUUUGGUCCCAACAAUUGAGUUUCUUUUUUGUUGGACUCAUGAUCAUUUUUUCUAUUCGUGGAUUACUUAUACAAUUAUUAAAAUUUUUCCGGGCUGUUUCAAAUUCAGUAUCGCGAAAUGACAUAGUCUUGUUAUUGGCACAAAUAAUGGGAAUGUACUUUCUAAGUGCAUUCUUAAUGAUGAGAAUGUCGCUACCCGUGAUAUAUAGAAAUACAAUAACUAGUCUUUUGGGGUCAAUAGAAUUCAAUUUCUAUCAUCGGUGGUUUGAUGUAAUAUUCCUUGUGAGUGGGUUGGCGAGUGUAGUUUUAUUAUACUUUGUUCAUCAGGCAAAUAAUAGUAAUGUUAUGCUUUCCUCUGCUUCAAUGAGUUCCAUAUCAACUGGGUCAAGUGGAGGAUCAUCUACUACUCCGACUAGUGAUUAUUCAUCUAAUUAUUCUCCUAAUUACUCACCUUCUGGUAUGGGAAAUUCUUUUAAUAAUAGGGUUGGUGAUUGGGAACAUGCAAGCGGUGCUAGCAGAUGGGUUAAUACUGGAAAUACUGGACUACAUCAUCGUGACUAA